UAAAACCCCAACACAUCAGUUUCCUUCAUGUCUGGCCAAAGUCAGCCAGCCAGCAGGGCAGCAAGCAACAGCAAUGACAGUGACGUACUCUCGCAGAGUUGCCAAUGCAGGUUUGGGAACCUUCUUUCAUCUCCUUCUGCGAUGGAAAGGCAGCAUCUAUAAACUCCUCUACAGAGAGCUCAUCAUCUUCACCCUCCUCUACUACUUCUUCAGUGUCGUUUACAGGUUUGUGCUUAAUGACAACCAGAAGAGGCUGUUUGAGAAACUUUCUAUAUAUUGUGACCGCUACGCUGAGCUCAUCCCCGUGUCCUUUGUGCUGGGUUUUUACGUGAACUUGGUUGUGACCCGCUGGUGGGGCCAGUUUGAAAACGUGCCGCUGCCGGACCGUUUGGCAGCGUUAGUAGGAGGUCACGUACGUGGCGCCGAUGAGGCCUCAAGGCUGACCCGACGAACCCUGAUGCGGUACGCCAACCUCUCUGGUGUGCUCAUCUAUCGCUCUGUCAGCACUGCUGUAUAUAAGCGGUUCCCCACCAUGGAGCACCUGGUACAGGCAGGCUUGAUGACGUCGGAGGAGCUGAGGCACCUGGAAGAUUUGCCGUCUGCUCAUAACAAGUUCUGGGUGCCCUGCAUGUGGUUCGUCAGCCUGGCUCUCAGAGCUCGGACUGAGGGCCGCAUCAACAACGACGUGGCGCUCACCGCCAUUCUCACUGAGUUGAAUAGUUUACGGACAAAGUGUAUGAAGCUGUACGGUUAUGACUGGAUAAGCCUGCCUCUUGUCUAUACUCAGGUGGUGACUGUGGCAGUCUACAGCUUCUUCCUGGCUUGUCUGAUUGGUCGUCAGUUCUUGGACCCGACUCAGGGAUACCCAGGCCAUGACCUGGACUUCUACCUACCGGUUUUCACCCUGCUGCAGUUUUUCUUUUAUGUCGGUUGGCUCAAGGUUGCUGAGCAACUCAUCAAUCCUUUCGGGGAAGACGACGAUGACUUUGAAGCCAACUUGCUUGUUGAUCGUAACUUGCAGGUGUCCUUAUUGUCUGUGGACGAGAUGUACGACAGUCUGCCCCUGGUUGAAAGGGACAUGUACUGGAACAAGUCCGAACCGCAGCCUCCCUACACGACCGCGAGUGCCGAGCACCGCAAACCCUCCUUCAUGGGCUCAGCGCUCAAUAUCAGUGUCCCGAAAGAAGAGAUGGAAUUUCAGUCCAACCUGGAGCAAAUCAAAGAAAAUGAGGAAGCCAACUACUCUACCCCGCUGCUUGGAGGGCUGGGCCGUCUCCUCGGCGUUAACUCGCCCAGCUUUCCACGCUCCUCCCGGGUUCCUCUGCUGCGCCGCCGCCCCGGAGCUCCGCUGAGCCGUUUCCCUCUUUACCUGCACUCCGAAUCAACAUCAGCGGGUCAAACCCGUCAGCCUCUGAACCCGGACCGGGAUCCAGACUACGCCUUCUCCAACAUGCCCCUGUAUGAGAGACCAGGUUUCUACAGCUGCCCUCAGACGCCCAUCCACUGCGUGCCCCCCGCUGUGCCUCGGCCUCGACCUGCCCGAAGAACCCUCAACGAGUGGGAUCGCAGCUGUAGCUCUCUCGCCCCGCCCACGGUGGGCUCUCAGCUGCUGCCGCCCGACACUCCCGGCCACAUCCCACCACCACCGUCCUCUGCUUUUCCCUGGCUGAGUGAGGACGGCGACGCACCGAAUCAGCCCACCUUCUCCUUCCCCGAUCCCACACCUGAACUUUGCCCGAUAUCCAAACUCAGACCGGGACACGGCCUGCUUUCCCGCCGUCCCCUGCCCCCCCGCCUCACUCUGGAUCCCCUCUCGUCAUGUGACGGCCCGCCUGGACCCCCGAGCGCCCGGACCACAGGAAGUGGAGCAGAACGGGUGUUCUCGUUCACGCCGCCGUCCCACACAGCGGCAGCGGCAGCAGCAGCAAAUCCCGGUAAUCCCACCAGCAGCUCCGGCAGCAUUAAUGCAACAAGCACCAACAGCGCUGGCACCGCAGGAAGUCUCUGCAAAGCCACAAACCACACUAAUUUUAGUAACCAUGGGAACUUCAGCGCCACCAUGAGGGCAACCAACGGGGGAAACAAUGGCGGAAUGAGCAAUAACAUGAACACAGCUUCCGCUUCGGCGCCGCCACAGCAAGAAACCAAUCAGCAAAACUCACCCAAUGAUUCCGGGAUCUCGUUGGCUGAAGGGGACCUGCUGGGCGUCCUGGUGGAUGGGGGGGUGAAGAAGGCGGCAGGAGGGAGGGAGCAGGACUGAGAUAGGGUGACACUGU